CUCCUGUCUCUCUCUCUCUCAUUUAUUUCUUCGUGCCUCCGUUUCCCGAGAGAUUCUCUGCUGCUUUUCUCUGCUGCUUCUGCCGUCAAUCCAUCCAUGGCUGCUUAGCGUUUCCUCCUCUUCUUCGUCUAGGGUUUUCUCUAUCUCUCCCUGAGCAUAUAGAUACAUCUGGGUGAGAAGGGCUUCUGUCAAUUUGUGUUUUUUUUUUUCCCUUGAAAGACUCUUCCUUUUGCAUUCAAUCAAAUGGCAGGCUUAGAAGGUUUGAGCGCGCCUGAUGAAAUUAGAGAGAGGAAAUCAGAUAUUGAGAACUCUGAAGAUGAGAGACGACGGUCAAAGAUUGGUAACCUCAAGAAGAAGGCGUUAAAUGCUUCUAACAAGUUCACUCAUUCGCUUAAAAAAAGAGGGAAAAGGAAAAUUGACUACAGGGUUCCAUCAGUUUCCAUAGAGGAUGUACGAGACGCAAAAGAGGAGAGUGCUGUCCAAGAAUUGCGCCAAAGGCUCCUAGAAAGGGAUUUGUUGCCACCCAAGCAUGAUGACUACUACAGUUUGUUGAGAUUCUUGAAAGCUAGGGAUUCUAACAUUGAAAAGACAAUCCAAAUGUGGGAGCAGAUGCUUAAUUGGAGAAAGGAGUUUGGAACAGAUACCAUCUUGGAGGAUUUUGAAUUUGAAGAGCUGGAAGAAGUCUUGCAUUAUUACCCCCAAGGGUAUCAUGGGGUUGAUAAAGAAGGCAGGCCGGUUUACAUUGAGAGGUUGGGAAAAGCUCAUCCAAGCAAGCUUAUGCAAAUAACCACAGUAGAUCGAUACUUGAAGUAUCAUGUCCAAGAGUUUGAGAGAGCCAUACAGGAGAAGUUCCCUGCUUGUUCAAUUGCAGCAAAGAGACAGAUCUGUUCAACCACGACGAUAUUAGAUGUGCAAGGCCUGGGAGUAAAGAAUUUUAGUCGAACGGCUAAAAAUCUCUUGGCUGCGAUGACCAAGAUAGACAGUAAUUAUUACCCUGAGACAUUGCAUCGAAUGUACAUCGUCAAUGCUGGUCCAGGCUUUAAGAUGCUUUGGCAUGCUGCACAGAAAUUUCUUGAUCCUAAAACAAUUUCAAAGAUACAGGUUCUGGAUCCCAGAUCCCUGCACAAGCUACAAGAAGUCAUUGACCCGAGUCAGUUGCCAGACUUCCUGGAGGGAUCGUGUACAUGUUCUGCUGAGGGAGGCUGCCUUAGAUCCAACAAAGGUCCAUGGAAUGAUCCUGAAAUAAUGAAGCUUGUACAUCAUGCUGAGGCAACUUUUGUGAGGCAAAUUACCAGAGUGUCUCAUGACCAGCAAAAGUUUGACUCUUAUGUACAGAUACGCCCACUGAAGGGGAGGUUUAGUGAUACAUCAACAGCAGAGUCGGGAUCGGAUAUUGAUGAUCCAUGUUCUCCACUAGGAAGGAGAAGUUCGGCCGUUCCUCGUUUGGCCCCAGUUCACGAAGAAGUCAAGGUAUCAGAUUCAGUUACAUACUAUAGCUGUGACGAUCAUUUUUCUCCAGUCGAGAGAACUAAUGGGUAUGAUGAAGGGAUGGGUCAUUUUCACGAUCGAUCACUUAAUAACAAUAAUCUUGCAAAUGUUUCUCAUGAGGCACUAUCAUCAGAAGGGAGCUUAAUUAUCCAUUGGCUCAACAGCGUUAAGGAAAAAUUUGAGAAAAGGGAGUUCCAUCGCGUAACCGGAGUGUUGAUAUCGUUCUUGUUCAGAAUAUUUAUGAUUUUCCGCAGUCUACCAUUUCAAUUUUGGAGAAGAAAAAACAACAUUCACCCAAGUACUUUGAUGGAACAUACAAGUAGCCCUUCCCCAACUGUUGAAGUUGUUGAUGAAGAAGACCGCAUCCGUCCAUGCAUACAGCGUCUUCAGAGACUAGAAAAGGUUUUCGAAGAGCUCAGCAACAAGCCUGCUGGAAUUCCUUUGGAGAAGGAGAAGAUUCUUAUGGAAUCUUUCGAUAGAAUAAAAAAUGUCGAGUUUGAACUUGAGAAGACAAAGAGGGUCCUACAUGCUACGGUUGUGAAGCAACUUGAGAUCACGGAAUUGCUGGAGAAGUUAAAGGAUUCCAAUUUUCGACAAAGAAGAUUCUUUUGUUGAAUGAACGGAGAACGCUACUUGAAUGUGUGCAUCGAUGGAUAGGGGGUUAAUGGAACGAAAGCAUGUGAUUCGAAUUCCAGGGCCAAAAUCGCCAACAUAUCUAAAGCGCACACUAGGAGGACAGUUUCCUUUUUGUCUCUCCUUUUUCUUAUCUCAAACGUUGAUAGGCGAGAAGGCCAAGUUUAUAACAAAAGCUGAAUGACUUGUAACCAUGCACAGGG